GGGAAACCUUUCAGCCCCAGCUUUAAUCCUUGUCCAAAUGUGGUUUCUUUGUCAGAGAAAAAAAAAAAAACAGGCCAGAAUAGCAAGUAAAAGAACUCAGAGAACGAGAGUGGGGCAUUGAAGUUCCACCUCCAGAUUGGUUGUAAUUCCACCCGAGUUGGCAGUGUACAAGGUGGGUGGUGGCUUGGCUGUAGGCCUUUUGAUUUACUGCAAAGAAUUCAUUAACUGGGCCCAGUUGGAUUGAAUAUAGAGGGACCAAGGGUGCUGGGCUGAAACAUUCCAAGCCUCCAGCAGAGGGAGCAGUGCUUUGCUAGGUUCCUCUAUUCUGCAGAAUGUGGAUUAGGUGAUAGAGGUUUAGAAACUACACAGGGUUGGGUGGGGAGAUGUGCUAGGCACGGGCCCAGGAAAUGAGCCUUUGGUACAGAGGGUGGGGGCUGAACAAAGAAGCUACCACUUUAGAAGACAUGUUACAACUGUCCCGAAGCUGGCUGGCAGGUCCAGAGCCUCCAUCCAGCAGAGUGAAGAGGAAGAUAAACUAGCAGCAAGAGAAGCAGCACUGUGAUCGUGGGGCCUGAAAGAGACCAGUCGAGUUUGCCUGAAAGCCAGAGUGCAACAGCUCCCUGCAUGGCAGUGGUUCAGACUGCACCUGAGCCCCAACCCCCUCCAGCCCUUUGGGUCCUGAGCUGCCUGGCCUUGGUACUUAUGCUUUGUGCCUUGUGUACCACCUGUCACAGGAAGGGUAAAAGAAGGCAGCAGUCUGGGCUGAAGCUAGUGGAUGUGUCGUUACUGAGACAGACCCAGCUUCGUUCACUCAGCAAGUCAGACUCCAAACUGCAUGAACUCAACCGGGAUCCCAGGAACAGUAAAGCCCAGCGCCCUACCAGCAUUGACCUCCUAUAUCCACGGUGGCCAGGAGGGUUCAGGGCUGACAUUCAGAUGACCACAGUGCCGCCUGUCUUUCUUCACCGUGAGCUGCCCCAGCCCCCACUUGCUUCAGAUUCCUUGGCCCUUGGGUCCACCUAUUCCAAUGUGAGGCUGGCAGCUGCCCCAAGAGCUCCCCCCAAGUCACAAAGGGGAGAGGAACAGCUGAGGAUUUCAGAGAAGUUGGCAGUGGCAGAGUAUGCCUGUAUACAGAAGAACAAGAAAGGGGCUGAGGUGGAACCCAGCAUGACAGGUCGCAGUGAUUCAGUCCCUGGGGAGAGAGGAGCUCAGCAACCUGGAAAAGCAGCUGAGGUGGAGGUUCUGUAUUCCAAGAUCAGCAGGUUAGGCCGGAAACCCUUGGAGCCCACCUGGAACAGAGCUCUCUGUAACCAGCUGGACAGAAAUACUCAGGCACCCCUAGCGGAGACUGAAAAUGAACAGAGCCUUAGUCUGGGGAUAAACCCCUCCUACAGGGCUAGCAGUCCCACUUGGGGCAGCGAUACAGGAAAUGGGCCCACUGAGAAUUUUUAUGAAAGUAUCAGUGAGAUGGAGGGGCUUGGUGGGGCACAGACUCAUAAGCCCUCUGAAGAUUUAUGAAAAUGGGAAUAAAGGCAAAAGGAGUCUA